UCCUCCGUUCAGCGCCGCCGGGCUGCGUUGCGAGCUGCGCCUGGUGUUUGAAACUUUGAGGAGAUGAUGCUGAGCGGGCACGGCGGCGGCGGCGGGAGGCGCCUGUUCACGGCGUCGCAGUGGCAGGAGCUGGAGCACCAGGCGCUCAUCUACAAGUACAUGGCGUCCGGCGCGCCCGUGCCGCACGACCUCGUCCUGCCGCUCCGCCUCGCCACCGGCGUCGACACGGCCCCCUCCCUCGCCUUCCCACCCCAGACCUCGCCGUCCCUGGGGUACUGGGGCUGCUACGGGGCGGGCGCGCCGUUCGGGCGCAAGGCGGAGGACCCGGAGCCCGGGCGGUGCCGGCGGACGGACGGCAAGAAGUGGCGCUGCUCCAGGGAGGCACACGGCGACUCCAAGUACUGCGAGAAGCACAUCCACCGCGGCAAGAGCCGUUCAAGAAAGCCUGUGGAAGCGGUGGCAUCCUCCGCCACCUCCCCCGCCGCCGCCGGCUACCGCCCGUCCGCGCUCUCCAUCUCGCCGCCCCGCGCGCCCGACGCCGCGCCCGGCUUCGGCCACCACCACCACCAGCAACCCCAUCACGGCGCCUCCUCCGCUCGCGCCCCCGUGCACCAGGCCGCCGCGGGGGCCCCUCUCCAGCUCCACCUCGACGCCAGCCUCCACGCGGCGUCGCCGCCGCCGUCCUACCACAGGUACGCGCACGCGUACUACGCGCCGCCGCCGUCGCUCUUCCCGGGGGGCUACGGCCACUCGCAGUCCAAGGAGCUUCAGGACGCGGAGCUGAGGCGGCGGCACUACCUCGCGCUCGGGGCCGACCUGAGCCUCGACAAGCCGCCUGCCGCCGGCGGCGGUGGCGGCGGCCAGGACUCCGCCGCCGCCACGGAGAAGCCGCUUCGGCGCUUCUUCGACGAGUGGCCGCGGGAGGGCGGCGACGCGAGGCCGUGGACGGUGGGGGCGGAGGACGCGACGCAGCUCUCCAUCUCCAUCCCCGCGGCUUCCCCGGCCGACCUCGCCGCCGCUCGAUACCACAACGGGGAGUGAUCGGUGCGUUCCAUAGCUGCGAGUGUGCACCAAAAACAGCGAGGAUUGAUCGGUGCAUGCCGCCUCUGCGUGCUCCCGUGCUCAGCAUGGAGAAGGGCACGCUGCGCAGCUCGGUCUGAAUCCGAA